AUGGCUUCACACUCAGCGCUCUUUCACCGCAAACCAGAGAGGACUAGUGGUUCAAGAAAUGGAGUUGUGGAGCAGAUUCGAGCUAGCGAUUUGGUCCGAUCGCCUGCGACCGAGGACUCGUCGCCGCGAACGCAGAUUCUCCCGAAGUCGAGUCUGUUCACUACGAGGAUGGUUAAUCUACACGACACCAUAUUGUCGCUACUAACCGACCCAUGGCAUACACGGUGGAUCGCACCAUGUCUUGUGCUGUUAGAGAUUAUUCUCUGCGCUGGCAUAGUCAACUACGUCUCCUACACAGAGAUUGACUGGGAGACAUACAUGAUACAGGUUUCGAAAUUCCUCCCACCGACCUCUGAGAGGAACUAUAGCAAGAUAGAUGGUCCCACGGGCCCAUGCGUAUACCCUGCCCUCCACCUAUACAUCCAUAGCGCCCUUUACCACCUCACGAACCAUGGCCAGGAUAUCAGGCUAGCACAGAUUAUCUAUGCUGGUCUGUAUCUUGCGACAUUGUCCCUUGUGUUUGCAAGCUAUAGACGAGUCAAUGCGCCUCCAUGGCUACUUGCGCCGCUCGUUCUGAGCAAGAGACUCCAUAGCAUCUUCCUGCUGCGUCUCUUCAACGACUGCUGGGCGGCAUUCUUCUUCUGGGUAGCAGUUUACGCUGCGACAAGAAAGAGAUGGGGCGUCUCCAUUGUCGCUUGGUCAUUGGCCCUGAAUGUCAAGAUGACGAUGCUGCUGCCAUUUCCAGCUCUUCUUGUGAUCGUGGUUCAAAACGCAGGCACGGAACGAGCCAUAUUGUGGAUGGUCGUGGCAGCAGCGAUCACUCUUGUAUUUACUGCACCCUUCAUGACAAGCAAGUAUGUGGGAAUUUACUUGAAGCAAGCCUUCGACUUAGGAAGGCAGUUUCUUUACAAAUGGACCGUCAACUGGCGGUUCGUGUCUGAGGAGUUGUUUCUGUCCAAACCGUUUGCAUACAGCUUGCUGGCAGUUCAUGCAAGCCUCCUGCUAGCAUUUCUACAAUACAGAUGGUUACAGCCGAGUGGGGGUGGUAUCUGGGAGUUCAUGAAGAAACACUUCCUUCAAUACAGGUCAAUCAGCCCAGUUGAGAAAGAACAAAUCAAGAGUAGGAUAACACCAGCCUUGGUAUUGGACUCGUUGUUAGGGAGUAUUGUUAUCGGUAUGGUGUGCGCACGAAGUCUGCAUUACCAGUUCUAUGCUUAUCUUGGAUGGUCCACACCUUAUCUUCUGUGGAGGAGCGGUUCUCAUCCUGUGGUCGUGCUGGCAGUGUGCCUGUUGCAAGAGCUGGCCUGGCUCACCUAUCCGAGUACACCAUGGAGUUCCUUCACCGCAGUUUUGGUUAUGGCUCUGCAGGUUAUUGGGGUGUGGAUUGCAGCUCCCUCUAAACACCCAUAUGCAGCUCCAAUCGACAAGAAGUUGAUGCGAUAA